AAACCGGCGGCAAGUUUUGCUUGUGAUACAUGUAGCGUAUCAAACGUGGGGUUGCUUUUUACGGGUUUUAAUGACAAGUAUUUCCCUGAUAUCCUUCAUAAAAACUGAACUAGAAAUUCGUGCACUGAGCUACUACUUCGAAAAUCACCAAUAAAAGUCAUUACUUCUUUGAGGAAUGAUCGUGUGCUUACUAGCUUACAUACUGGACGUUUAUAAGAGCAUUUACCCUUACUUUUAACAAUUCAUAUUGAAUCAGAGAAUUGAUUUAUUCGCUGCGAAAUAGUUCUUUGGCAUCUAUAUUUUCCUUCUGUCUACUGCGUAUUCACCUUCUGUCCAGCAAAAAGCAAACGAGAGAAGGCAGCAAGUAACAAUAUGGAAAAUCUGGUCCUGAAUUACACGGACAGUGAAGACGCGGCCUCUCCCGGGGACUUCGUGGACUGGGGCUCGGCCUACCCGCUGUCUAAAAUAAUCCGAUUCGGAGUAGAUUCUCUGUGUGCCACCACUGGUGCUCUGGGAGUGUUUGGAAACUUCGUCACCAUGCUAAUAAUUUCCAAAUGGAAGAACAUGUCUUCGGGUGCGGCGUUCAUGUUCUCACUGGCGCUGAGUGACUUUCUCUCUGUCAUCUACAAUGGCUUCAUAGACAUGGCCAGACCUCUCUUCGGAUGGACUAUCACAGGGUUGAGUGAUUGGGUGUGUAAAUUUAGCAUGUAUUGGUCAUUUGCAACUUCUCUCGCCUCAUUCUACGCCACUGUUCUGUUCAGUGCGGACAAGUGCACAGCUGUGAUGUUUCCGUUCUUCUACCGUCAGCACGGAAAGCCCAAAGUCGCCAUAAUUGCCACAGUAAUUAUGUACUUCCUUCUCCUUGUAUGGACAUUUCCCACUGUCCUCGUAUUUCGCGUGCAUCCACUGACGGGAUUCUGUAGGGCUAUCAAUUUUGAUUUCGUCAGUGAAGAAUUUUUUCGGGGACUUCGGAACCAGAUCGGAAGCUUCAUCAAUGGAAUUAUUCCAAUAACAAGUGUGUUUCUAUUCACGACAAUCACUUUGAUAAAGAUGAAGAUUUUGGACCGGAAACGCGCAGCAAACCGAAGCCAAACGACAUCACCGGCCGGUAGACGAGACCAAGAAAUCACGCGACAAAUGAUCGUCGUUUGCAUAAUAUUCACGACUUUCGGCUUCGUUUUUGCCGUCUGCAUUCGAGUUCUUCUCGGCCUCGGUAAAGUUAUGUCAUACAAAGACGAAAUGCGCAUCCAAAUUUUGUUAUCGAUUGUGCGCCUAUGCCAAGCAGUGAUGAAUUCGGUCAAUUUCUAUCUCUACUUGCUGUUCGGCCAGAAGUUUCGCAAGAAUUUUUUCGAGUUGUUCCCAAGAGGGAAUACCAGAACCCAGAGGGAGAGCGUGGCUUCUAAUCCAAACAAAAAAAUAAGUGCACCGGUGAAGUGAUACAGUCGAUAAUUCAAGUUCAU